AUGGCUGAGAUAAAGAAAGAUGGAUACCUGCAAGUGAAAGAAGAUGGCAUACGGGCAUGGAUUUGGUCCAAACGCUAUGUUGUACUACGUGAGCAGACCUUGACAUUUCAUCGCAACGAGCAAACCGGCCAAUGUGUGGCAUUGAUAUUCCUCAAAGACAUCAACAGUGUUACUCGCGCCGAACUCAAAUCACAUUGCUUUGAAUUGGGGACCAAAGGCAAAACCUAUUAUCUCGCAUGUAAAAGUGAUGAGGAACUCUAUUCUUGGAUGGAUGAGAUUUAUAAUCGAUCCCCUCUUGGAGCUUCCGGUCCAACCAAUUUCGUACACAAGGUCCAUGUUGGUUUCGAUCCACUCACAGGUGCCUUUACAGGACUUCCUGAACAAUGGAAUGCUCUAUUGAAAGGUUCCAAAAUUACUGCCGAAGACGCCGCAAAGAACCCUCAAGCUGUAUUGGAGGCACUCGAGUUUUACACUGAGCAAGCACGCAAGGAAAAGGAUCAACAAAUUGCGGCUGCCAACAAUAGCAAGCAACAACAACACAAGCCAUCAGCACAGCAACCCAAACCAAGUCGAUCAACACCCGCACCUCGUCAUUAUCGUGAUCCACCUAGUCGACCAGAGAUGCCAUCCAAGGAAAAUAUACCGGCAUUCAAAGAGAAGCUUAAAGCAUCACAGGUGGCACCUACAUUUGCACACGAUCCCAAGUCAUCCACCACCACCACUGCAGGUGAACCCUUAAAAGAGGUAUCCACUGAGAGAAGCAGCAAGGUAUCUCCACCACAACCACGCCUUAACAACAAGCAACAACAACAGCAACCACGAAAAGCAGCUCAUCAUGUCUCACCACCAACACCUCAACCUUCAUCAAAUCAACUUCCUACAACUACGAGCACUAGUUCAACGACAAAGCCCUCUACUACUACUACUACCACCACCACCACCACCGCCACUACCACCACUAAGAGCAAGGCACCUAUACCAGCACUCCCAAAAACUACCCGAACCACCGAACGAUCCAAGUUUGAGCGUGAAAAAGAACGACUGAAAGAAGUGGCAAUAGCACUUGAACGUGCCAACUCCAAAGGGCGUGCUGCAACUCAAGAAAAACCAACAACGACCAAUCCAGUAUCCAAGUUAAAGAAAGCACCAACACCUCAACCACAAGCAUCAACACCUGUUCCAGCCACAUCAAUGAGUACGGAUCGUUCACGUCAACAACAGCAGCAACAACAACAACGCCAAGAACAGCGUAUCAGCACUAUGACCGAUGCUCAAAUUAUGGAACGUCUCCGCUCUGUUGUAUCCAGUGGUGAUCCGAAUGGCUUAUACAAGCGAGUUAAACGUAUUGGUCAAGGUGCGUCUGGAUAUGUGUUUCUCUCCAACCAUUUGGCAACAAAUAGCAAGGUGGCUAUUAAGGAGAUGGAUCUCGCCAAGCAAUCUCGACUGGAUUUGAUUGUGAAUGAGAUCAUGAUCAUGAAAGAAUCCAAGCAUGAGAACAUUGUCAAUUUCCUGGACAGCUUCUUGGUACAAGGCAACUUGUGGGUAGUCAUGGAAUACAUGGAAGGUGGUGCAUUGACCGAUGUCAUUGAAAACAACACAAUGACCGAACAGCAAAUUGCUAUCGUAAGCGCUGAGACGGCCAAAGGAUUACACCAUCUUCACACACACAACAUUAUCCAUCGAGAUAUCAAAUCGGACAAUGUGCUUUUGAAUUUCCAGGGGCAGGUCAAGAUCAGUGAUUUUGGAUACUGUGCCAAACUUACGGAUCAACGCAACAAGCGUGCUACCAUGGUCGGCACACCUUAUUGGAUGGCGCCUGAAGUAGUCAAACAAAAGGAGUAUGGAGCCAAAGUGGAUAUCUGGUCUUUAGGUAUUAUGGCCAUUGAAAUGAUUGAAAGUGAGCCACCCUAUUUGGAUGAAGAGCCUCUCAAAGCACUCUACUUGAUCGCUACCAAUGGCACGCCUGUACUAAAGCAUCCCGAGCGACUUUCUUCCGACCUCAAAAGCUUUUUGGCAGUUUGUUUAUGUGUGGAUGUCAAAUCUCGAGCAACAGCCUCCGAACUUUUAGAGCAUUCAUUCUUGCAAAAAGCGGGUCCGAUUGAGAUUUUACCAUCGUUAUUACGAUUCAAGAGAAAACAUGCACCAGCAUACUAG